ACCGAGGAGAAAAAUUGAAAAGUACAGAAUGACAUAAAUACCCUCGUCUCCUACCUCAAGACACACUGAUAAAUAUGAAACAACUCGAUACAGAGCUUUCAUCUCUUAUCCAAAAUCAAACUGAUCUCUCUUAUCAUAUUGUUCUCAAGUGAUCGUAUGAAAAUCAGUAUCAAAAUUGAAGUGAAGACAGAGGAGAAUGGAGGAGAAGCAGAGAGGGGCAGUGUUGGGGAAGUAUGAGGUGGGGAAGUUGGUGGGAUGUGGGGCGUUCGCAAAAGUGUACAGAGGGAGGGACACGGAGACGGGGCAGAGCGUGGCGAUCAAAGUAGUGAGCAAGCAAAGGCUGAACAAGGGAGGCCUUAACGGAGCCCACGUGAAGAGGGAGAUCGCUAUCAUGCACCGCUUGCGUCACCCCUACAUCGUGCGCCUCUCGGAGGUCCUCGCCACCAAAUCCAAGAUCUUCUUCGUCAUGGAAUUCGCCAAAGGCGGCGAGCUCUUCGCCAAGGUCUCCAAGGGCAGGUUCUCCGAGGAUCUCAGCCGCCGCUACUUCCACCAGCUUAUCUCCGCCGUUGGUUACUGCCACUCCCGCGGCGUCUUUCACCGUGAUCUCAAGCCCGAGAAUCUCCUCCUCGACGAUAAGCUCGAUUUGAAAAUCUCCGAUUUCGGGCUCAGCGCCCUCGCCGACCAGAUCCGACCCGACGGCCUCCUCCACACCCUCUGCGGCACGCCCGCCUACGUGGCGCCGGAGGUCCUGGCCAAGAAAGGAUACGACGGUGCCAAAAUCGACGUGUGGUCAUGUGGAGUGAUACUGUUCGUGCUCAACGCUGGCUAUCUACCGUUCAACGACCAUAACCUAAUGGUCAUGUACCGGAAGAUCUACAAAGGCGAAUUCCGCAUCCCCAAGUGGACCUCCCCUGAUCUCCGCCGCCUCCUCGCUCGCCUUCUCGACACCAAUCCACUCUCCAGGAUCACUAUCGAAGACAUCAUCCGCGACCCCUGGUUCAGACAGGGUUACGACGACCGCAUGUCCAAGUUCCACCUCGAGGACUCCGACAUGAAACUCCCCGCCAACGAGUUGCGGAUGAACGCCUUCCACAUCAUCUCCGGAUCUCCCGGUUUCAAUCUCUCCGGUCUGUUUUCCGGAAAGUUCGAUCGAGUGGAGCGGUUCGUGUCGGGUUGGACGGCAGCGAGUGUGCUUGAGAAGCUGGAGGAGAUGGCCGCUGCGGAGAAUCUGACCGUGGCGUGCAAGGAAGCCUGGGGGAUGAAGAUACAAGGGGAAGGAGGUUCCUUCGCCAUGGUUGUCGAGAUUAAUCAGCUUACCGACGAGCUGGUGAUGAUCGAGGUGAGGCAGCGGCAACGUGCUGGAGGAGAUAUUUGGUCAGAUACACUGAGGCCUUUCCUCGUGGAGAUUGUUCUCAAACCGGACGAGACGGUGGCCGGUUUACAGACUACCCAUUACCAGGAAGGUGCUUCUUCUUUGCGUGACGUGAAUACGACGACUUAGUGUUUUAGGUAUCUGUCAUAAUCAUCCAAGAAAUAAAAACAUGACAAAAAAUUCUGCCUUUUAUCUGACAAAACUAUUCACGAAAAUUCUCCAAUAUUUUUAUUUUUAAACACGUUAGCCUCUGUAACUUGUCAUGUAAUCUUUGAUUAUCAAUGUUUUUGUAAAUGGUUAUCAGAACUUCUGGGAUGCACCAAUAGAAGAAGAAAAAUAUGUUGUUCUUGAUA